CACCAACUGUCGGAGGUAUUAGGAACAUCAUAAUUCUGUCAAUUAUGCAAAUGUACUUACAUGGGCCAAUCAUUGUAAAGCUCGGGCUCAAACCUGUAAGCUACCAUAUAGUGUUGGACUCAAUGAUGAGUUGGUGAUUGGUUCCCAUCGUCACUGAGAACUCUGAGCUCCUAUUGGAUGAAUCAUUAAAUGAGACCCAAUGAGCUCAGACAGCGAGUGAUUGUGUUAUACAUGCUUAAAUUGUUCCAGGUUAAGAACGUUGAUACGUUUAUUUUCAAGUUUACAACCUGGAUGAAUUGCUAGCCUUUUUGUCAUUAGUACCUUUCAGAUGAUAUCAAAAUAAUUAAAAUCGAGCGAUAUUGAACUUGGAAUAUUUGUGUGUAACGUGGUUUAUGCAAUGCAUAUUGUUCUUCAUAUUCACGAUGGUCCAUAAUAUUCAUAUUUAACAUACGAUCCAGUGUGCACAUUCUCGCAAAUAGUUGGUAGGGAUAUAUAAAAUUAGUGAUGAGUUUAUCCUUUACACUCUUUACACUCAUAUGUUAAUCAUGCAAAGUUUUUAAUCAACUGAAAUUCCACAUGAUAAUGAUAUCUGUCAGUCUUGCUAUUUCUUCGUACAAUAGGCACUUAUUCUAAUUCUGAAAACAGCUGCGACUGUAGCCUACCACAUAAGGUCAAGAGCACUUGAGUAGAAAAUAUAAAUGUGGCUAUUUAAUAUCACAGGUAGAUUUCAGUCGAAUACAACACAAUAGUACCAGGUGGCCCAGAUUACAACACACAUAGAAACCCAACACACCAUAAACACGACACGCUUUUACACAGAAUAAGACUGGAUAGGCUGUGUGGAAACGUAAUCUAGCGUGAACAAAGGGCCGCACGCUUACUGAUAGUGUCCGAUAGGGUGCACAGGUUGGUGAGACAGCACUGCGAAAGGACUGCUUGUUUUUUUAAGGGACGUACGAGGAAAAUUGUACGUCUAGACCCAAAGCGCCAUGUUAGUUUGCAUUGUAGUAGGUUCACCUCAGUGAUUGCAUGGUACUGAAAUAUACUUUGCGACGCGUAUCUGGACGUAUAUUUCUGCCAUUUGAGACGACUACGAUAAAUCGUCUCCUGGGUGUCCAGUACUGGUAAUGUUACCUGUGGAUUUGGACCGUACCACCACGUAAGCUGUUAGAAAUCCGACUGCUGGGCAAGAACCAGUCUUCCAAACAAGAGCGAAGAAUCAAUAACAAUGCGACGGGUUCAUCUGUUUGAACUCUUUUGUGCCGUAUUCCUGUUCAACAUUUGCCGUCUUGGAAGGGAAAACAACGCAAAUGCAGAAUCGCACAUACACGCCCAUGACGAUAACGGCACCCUGUUACAAGCUGUAUUCGACACUCUGGAGACUUAUGACGGGAGAGUGCGACCUGAUUUCGGAGGGAAACCUACAGUUGUUCAAGUGCAACUCUAUAUUGCAAGUUUGGGGUCUUUUUCGGAGAUCAAAAUGGACUAUGUGAUGACUUUUUACCUGCGUCAGUGGUGGAACGAUCCGCGCUUUGAGUUCCCGGACAUGAACCAAAACAUUGAACUGCACAAUGUCGACUCUAGCGACAUCUGGACGCCGAGUAUCUACUUUGUAAACGAGAAGGACGCCGGAUUCCGACCGUCUACUGACCACGCCAAGGCGCUGUGGAUCUGGCCGUCAGGGGACAUCUUCUACGGCGAAAAAAAAACUGUGAUAGGUUCGUGCCCGAUGCAGUUCCACAUGUACCCGUUUGACAGUCAGACGUGCACGUUCCAAAUAGCGAGCUACGGCUACACUACAAAGGAUCUGAUAAUUGAGUGGGAAGAGCCCGCCGUGGAGUUCAAUCCGGUCAUAGAACUGCCAGAGUACGUCAUUGCAGGAUGGACCUCUCGCGACUGUACGGGGAACUACACAAUAGGAUCGUUCAGUUGCAUCGAGGUUAAGUUCAAGCUGGUUCGCCAGCUCGGGUACUACCUGAUACAAACCUAUGUCCCAAGUAUUUUGAUCGUGUGCCUGUCCUGGCUGACAUUCUGGAUCAGUCCUAAUCAGGCACCUGCGCGGGUUGCGUUGGGCAUCACCACUGUCCUCACAGCAACGACACUGACAACGGUGUCCAGAAGCUCUCUGCCAAAGUUUUCCUACAUCCGGGCCAUUGACAUCUGGAUGCUGGUGUGCACCAUCUAUGUGUUCGCGGCGCUGGUGGAGUUCUCCCUGGCCUAUCACUUCUCCCUGCGAAAGGAUCGACUGCGCUCCCUGGCGGAAUGUCUACGAAUUCCACGUAGAUUCUCCAGGAAGUCAACAUACGAACUCAACUCUGUACAGAACAGGAAAGUGAACGGAAGAUGCUCUCGAGCUGACGCAGGUCCCACAGAGUUCCAGACCGUGCCGGGAGAAGGCCCUGCACAGGGGGUGGACGGGAUGACUGUGGCCAUAAAACUUGACUUAUUCUCAAAGAUCGGGUUUCCUCUGUCCUUCAUUAUCUUCAACGGUUUCUACUGGGGUAUUUAUCUCAGCCAUUACUCUGCGUCAUGAGUCUGUAAUGUAUUUGUACUACAAAUGUAUAUUGGUUGUCAAACCCUAAUGGGUGAAAAAAAUCUAA